AUGCCGGCAUCGAAGUCUGCCUCAGAGGAUCUUUUGGCCAUGAGCUGCCAUUCUUUUUCUGGUGCUGUGGUGUGCUUCGAUGUGUGUUUGGUGAGUGGGCGAGCUGCAGUCAUCUCCUGCAUGGAGAGCGAGAGGCUGCAGGACAUGCAAGUGCGCAUUGCAGGGGAGCUGGAGUUGGGGAGCGAUGAUGGGAGUCCGUUACUGCAAUUUUUCAGGCAGGCUGGCUCACAGACGGAGCCCCUGGAUCAGAGUACCCGUGCCGCGGAGCUUGUAGGUUGUACCAUCCAUGUUGUGUUGCAGGAACACCCUGAAUGGUAUGUGCAGAAGUGCUUUUCGAGACGUUCGGCAGCCGAUUUAAGUUGGGACGUGGAGGAGGAAAAGACAGAACGCUUCUCGUUGCUUCCAGAUGGCCAGUUUACCUACGAGAUGAGGAGACUCGCAUGGGAUGAAGAUGUUGGGCGACUGGCUGUCAAGGAGCAUACGCUACAGGGAACAGGGAGAUGGCGAUGCGUGUUGCAGGUGGGCAUAGAGGGCACGUUGCCUGAAGAGGUCCUGCUCUUGGACGGCAGCGCCAACUGGCUGUCGUUUGGGCAGGGUGGCCGCUCGGCCUCCCAACGGAUCCGGCGGGCCCUUCCGAAAGUGGCCCUGAAGGACUAUGAGAUCUCGCUGCUGCUCAUAUGA